CAAUCACAAUCAAUAACUCAUUACUGACUAAGUCAAAUGGCAACAAAGACAAGUUUUCUCCCCACCAAAAGGUUGCAUUCAGCAGUUGCAUCAAGAAAAUAUUUUUGCUUAAACUUCACGACUUAGACAAAAUAAGCCUCCAAUUCAAUUCCCUCUCUGCAAAUGGAGUUCCUCUAUGCAGCUCUCUAUCUCUUAGCUAUCUCCAGAUUCUCUUUUGCAGAUGACAAACUUUCUUCAAACCAAACUCUUGCUGAUGGAGACUUCUUAAUCUCUCCAUCCCAAACAUUCGAGCUCGGAUUCUUCUCUCCGGGCUCAUCCACCUCCAGAUUCUUGGGAAUACGGUACAAGGCCACACCAGACAUCGUAGUUUGGGUUGCAAACAGACAAAAUCCGAUCACCGGCCUCAACGGAGUUCUAACUUUAUCCGCAACUGGCAAUCUGAUCCUCACCUCAGCACAAGGUCCAGCCAUUUGGUCUUCCAAUUCCUCCACAGCAGAAUCAAAUCCAGUUUUGCAGCUCCUGAAUUCUGGAAACCUUGUCGUUGCCCUAAAUUCGUCGUAUAUUUGGCAGAGCUUCGAUCAUCCAGGCGACACUAGGCUCCCGGGAAUGACACUAGUGCAAGACCUUAGCACUGGAGAUGGUAAAUAUUUGACAUCAUGGAAAAGUGGUGAUGAUCCAUCCAUGGGAGAGUUCAGUUACAAAAUACAAAACCUAGGAUUAUCUCAAACUAUAAUUGCCAAAGGGAAGGAGAUCUUAAACAGGGUUGUGUUUUGGAAUGGGAACUUUGUUGGAUAUCCAACUUCACAAGAUCCAGCUUGGAGAGUUGAAGUGGUAACCAACAAGGGUAGGCUGGUCUCAGUUCAUCAGCCUUAUUAUGAUUCAGUUCAUGCCAGAUUAACCAUGAAUUAUUCGGGUUUUCUCCAGCGAUACGUGAUGAACGAGAGGAAAGAUGGAUGGAUUCUCAUGAUUGCACUCCCUAAUGAUCAGUGUGAUGGUUAUGAUGUGUGUGGUAGCAAUGGCAUCUGCAAGAUUUACGAGAAUCCAGUGUGUGAGUGUCUGAGGGGGUUUCACCCUGCAUCCGAGAGCGAAUGGAGCGUGUUCGAGUGGAGAGGAGGCUGCACCAGGAAUCUGUCAUUGGAUUGCCAGACAGAAGAAGGCUUUCUUGAGGUUAAAGGAAUCAAGUUCCCUGAUUCACUCAAUUUUCAGUUGAACACUAGCAUGACUAGUGAGGAAUGUCGCGCUGAAUGCUUCAAGAACUGCAACUGCACGGCUUAUGCUGAUCCAUUCUUCAGCAAUGGGAGCAGCUGCAUGAUGUGGUUUGGGGACUUGAUUGAUAUGAGGGAGUACACUACACAAUCUGGUCCUGCACCGAGCAUCCACAUUCGUGUGCCUAUCUCUGAACUCGAUAAUGAGGGGAAAGGAUUAUCAAGGAAGGCAAUCAUAGUUAUAGCUACUCUUUCUACUUUGGCGAUGCUUAUCUUGGGCGUGGCUGUUUGGGGCGUAUUUAUGAGGAUCAGGCGCAAUAGACGAGGUUACAUCAAACGACUAGAUUCUAAAAUGGCAGCUGAGGAAUUAGAGUUACCUAUCUUUGACUUGGCAACCAUUGAAGCAGCCACGGAUAGUUUCUCGGAACAGAACCUGAUCGGCCAAGGUGGAUUUGGUCCUGUUUACAAGGGAAACCUUUCAGCAGGAGUAGUAAUCGCAGUUAAAAGGAUGUCGAAGAUUUCUGGACAAGGCCACGAAGAAUUUACAACUGAAAUCAACUUGAUAGCAAAGCUUCAGCACAGGAACCUUGUAAGGAUUUUGGGGUGCUGCGUUGAAGGGGAGGAGAAAAUGCUGAUCUACGAGUACAUGAUAAACAGAAGCUUGGAUCAUUUCAUUUUUGCUGCAGAUCAGCGAAGAAGGGCGCUGCUGAAUUGGCCAAAGCGGUUUGAGAUCAUAAUGGGGAUUGUACGAGGCCUUCUAUACCUCCACCAUGAUUCCAGGCUCAACGUGAUCCACAGGGACCUGAAAACGAGCAACAUUUUGUUAGAUGAGAACCUGAACGCGAAGAUUUCAGACUUUGGUUUAGCAAGAAUGUUUGAAGGAGAUCAAACGAUAUCAACAACAACAAGAGUUGUUGGAACAUAUGGUUACAUGGCUCCAGAGUACGCGUUUGAUGGAAAGUUCUCCAUCAAGUCGGAUAUAUACAGCUUGGGCGUUAUGAUCUUGGAGAUCGUCAGUGGACAGAAGAACAGAGGCUUCAAGCAUCCAUCAUGCUACAAGAACCUUCUAGAGCAGGCAUGGCAUUUCUGUAAGGAAGGGAGGGAGUUGGAAAUGAUGGAUCCGUGCUACAAGAAUUCGUACGUGGAAUCCCAGGUGAAGAGGUGCAUUCAAGUCGGGUCAUUGUGCGUACAGAAUGUGGCAGAGGAAAGGCCAAUGAUGCCAGCUGUGGUGCUCAUGCUGAGUACUGAGGACGCGGUCUUGCCUCAGCCCAGGAAGCCCGGUUUUUUCUUGCACGGGGACUCCAGUAUUUCGCAUAGCAAUGCUUCAGGAAGUACUGGCGGCGCAGUGACCAUAACUGACAUAGAAGCGAGGUAGUUACUGAAGGAGGAGGAAAUGCAGCAUUGUGAACUAUAGCAAACCAAAUUUUGUGUACAUAUGUUUAUUGGAGUGUUGGGAUGAUCUUCAGAUGUAUGCAUAUCAGAUUACUACGUCAUUCUAUUCAAAUAUGAUGAAUCCAUUUUCAGACUUAAA